UAUUUUCAGGUCCUGAGAGAGGCAAAUAUGUCAGGAAUUUAAAUGAAUCCAACAGCAGCACCAGAUGGAGCUUGGAAAGCCCAAGGUGUACCAAGGUGUGAGGGUGAAGAUCACAGUCAAGGAGUUGCUGCAGCAGAGGAGAGCACGACAAGCAGCCACCAGUUCAGCAGUUUCCUGGGGCAGCAGCAGCGGCAUCCAGUUUGCAGAGUCCGUGUCUCCGCCUCACCCAGAACCUUUUGAAGCAGAACCCAUCCCUCCUGUGCCCAGCUGCUGCCCGUCCUGGCAGUUUUCCAGCUGCCUUUCCUGUGAGGAAAGCCCUGGGUACCUGGAGCAGCUGAUAGAUUCCUGCCUCCAGGAGCCACCCUCGGAGCCAGCCUUCAGUGCCCUGCAGCCCUCCUCACACUACACCCCAGACACCUUCCAGCCAGUCCAGCUCUGCUUCAGCCAGGGCCUGGCUGCCAGCUCUCCCAGCUCAGCCGACCUGCCCAGCCCAUGGAACUCCAGCUGCUCUCCCCCUCAGCUCUCCCCCCUGACCCCGCUGCCCCCCAGCCCGCCCUCAGCUCUGGACACCAAACCCCACAGCUGUCCCGUGGAGGAGUGGCCCUGCCACCCCCCCUGCCCCUUCCCCAGCCCAGCCUGCUGCUGCACAGCCUGCGGCCCCCAGACCAUGGACAGCAGGGGCCAGCACUGCUUCCCCUGCCCCAGCACGGACUGCCUGGAACUCCUGCCAGCCCUGGCCGAGGACUUCCUCAGGAGGGACAGGAGCUGUGACAUUUGCUACAGCUAA